AUGUUUUAUCUACAUGUUCUAUUUGCCUGUGUUGUGUCUAUCUUUCUAUCUGCGUGUGUUCUGUUUAUCUAUCUAUCUAUCUAUCUAUCUAUCUAUCUAUCUGCAUGUGUUUUGUCUAUCAAUCUAUCUACCUGUGUUCUGUCUAUCUAUCUAUGUUCUAUCCGCCGACCAGGGGAUCUAUCUAUCUAUCUAUCUAUCUAUCUAUCUAUCUAUCUAUCUAUCUAUCUAUAUGCAUGUGUUUUGUCUAUCAAUCUAUCUACCUGUGUUCUGUCUAUCUAUCUAUGUUCUAUGUAUAUAUAUAUAUAUAUAUGUAUAUAUAUAUAUAUAUAUUCCUGUGUUAUGUCUAUCAAUCUAUCUGUCUGUGUUCUAUCUAUCUAUAUCUAUCUAUCUAUUCAUCAUCCAUUCAUUCUAUCUAUCUAUCUAACACCGUAUAACAAUAUCGAAAUGUUAAGCAAAUUCCAAUAA